AUGGCAAGCAUUGUGCAAGGCAUUGACGCAUUUGUGUCAUGCCCAAUUUGUAAAGAACACUAUGAUGAAGACAUUCGUCGCCCUAAAAUUCUUGUAUGCACACACUCUUUUUGUAUUGUCUGCAUUAGAGAACUGAUUCGGCGAUGUUAUAAUGCUCGUGAAAACACCUUCAGAUGCCCAACUUGCAGGUAUGAACAUAUACCUCCAGCACAAGGUACGGAUGCCAGUGCUUACUAUACUGACAACAAUGACCUACUCGGACUAAAGGAUCUCCUUGAAAAUCAAUACAGACAGAGGGAUGAAAGUCAAGUGCAAAAAUGUGAGCUUUGCCGUGAACCAUCUAACUUUAAUGAAGCAGUGGCAUGGUGUGAAAGUUGUUCUAAGGCUCUUUGUAAAAUCUGUUGUGAACGUCAUGAUGACUUACCAAUAAAGGGGCAUCCAAAAUCAACACCCCUAAAUGAAGUUAAUUUUCAUGAAAUUGACAGAAAAGAUUACUGCCAGGUUAAAGACCACAAGGGAGAAGAAAUCACCUUGGUGUGCUAUCAACAUGAAAUUACAGAAUUCCUCUGUAAUGUCUGUGCCCAAGAUAGCUGUCAUCAACACCAUGACGUCAAGGAUCUCAAAACAGAAGCUAAAAACAAACUAAGCGAAAUUAAUAAAUUAUUUAACAUGGCUGAAAAAAUAAAUCACAGUGACCUUGAUUGCAAACAAAUGUUAGAGGUUGCAAAAGACACAUUAGAAAGGAAUCUGAAUGCUGCACAGUCACACAUCAAUGAAUGCCAGGAUCAUUUCAUGGAAGCUUUACAGAAACAUGGAGAGAACAACCAACAAAAACUUUGUGAGAUCAAAGAAGAGAAAAGUGAUUUACUCAGUAAAGAAAUAGAAGAAAAUAAGCAAAGGUGUUGUAGAUUUGAGAACAUCACAAACGAGGUUGAUCAAUUCCAUCUAGCUUCCCCACGUACCAUAGUGGAAGAUACUAACAAUUUGACAGAUGCUCUCAUUAAAUAUAAAAAUAUGAAAGAGGUAAAAGCACCAACUGCAAAUGUCUAUGUGGAUGUCAAAUGCGGCGUUGAUACUGAUGACAAAUUUGAACAAUUCCUACAAGAAAGCCGCCAAAUUCGAACCAUGCCAUCUGAAUUAAGAAUCUGCCACCCAAAACUGGCAUUUCGAGAUUUCAAAUUUAAACUCCAAAUCCAAACAAUUCUAGACAAUGAAAUCUGCAAAGUCGGAGGACUCCCUGUCAGAGUAAGUGUCCACUGCCCAUGUUGCAGGGCUGAUAAAACACUAGUUCCUCAUUAUAAGUGUGGAAAUUAUUUAGUAACAUACUUGCCAAAGUCCAUAGGGGAAUAUACGUUUGACAUUUACAUAGAGGGCUCUGAAAAACCCACAGCAAAGGUUUGUGUUUCUGUACAUCUUCUUGAACUCUUUUAUGAAAAAAUAGUUCAUUGUGGUGAAGUUUGUACACUAAGAGCACAUUUUGCUGCUAUUGACAUUGCUACAAGGCUUAAUGUCAUAUGCCAAAAUGAGGUGGGGGAUAUUUUGGAACCAGUAGAUGUAACUGUUAGCAGUCAAGAGCUGAAUGCUGCAGUCCAACCAAACUAUCUUGGGAAGUUAAAGAUGUAUGUAACAUUUGAUAACAUCAAAAUAGCAGGACCAUUCACAAUUGCAGUUUAUAAAAAACCUAAUUGGAACACAAAUUCCCUGGCAGAUUCUGAAAUAACCCACCUAGCUGUCAGUGAUAGAUGUGUCUAUUUCGCUGAUACCCAAGUAAAUAAAAAGAUACUUGCUGUGAACCCCAUGAAGGGUCCAAAUAUGUAUGCUGUCGACAAUUUCCAAAAAAAAGGAAUGUCAUUCCUAGCUUUUGACGACGUUGGAAAGAAAUUUGUUCUUUUUAUCACUGUCCUCAAAGAUGCCCUAUCUGCUGGAGAGAAGAUCGAAACAAAAACAGAACUUAAAAUAUGUACCAGAAAUGGUCGAAAGUCUUCCUACAUUUUGAAAUCUGUGAAGAACCCGGCUGGUAUUGCAGUCAAUACAUCUGGUGAAAUUGCAGCUGUGUCUGAUCGAAAGGAACACUGUAUAUUUAUCUUUCACACACCAGAAUCAGAUGAGCUUAUAACAAGCAUAGAUCCUGUUAGGAAACUGGGUGAAGAGGGUGAGCGUUUGGGAACUUUCAAUAACCCAACUGCUCUGUGUAUAAAUAAAAAGAAUAAGCUGUUUGUCCUAGACAGUGGGAAUGGUAGAGUACAAGAACUCAACAUGGAUGGUGAAUUUGUAGAUGUGUAUGGACCAGAGAUACUCAGACUCCAAGCACCAGAAUCAAUUUGUCUCUCACCAGAAGGCUAUCUGCUUAUUUUAGAUACCAACAAUCUAGUAACUAUCGAUGUGAAUUCUGGACACCGAAAAACAAUUCAUCAAGUUGCAAUCUGCUGUGAAGGCCAAAGUUGCAAUUUUAAUCACCUGAUUUGCUCCCUUUCCGAUUGUCAAGUGUUGCGCUUUUGUAUAGGAAAGAAUGCUAUGCAUAUUUUUAGGUAUUUACCAAUUGAGAAAAAGUAG